AAUGAGUUUGAAAGAAAGAAACAAGAAAUAUUAGCUACUCAAAUUACAUCAGCUGUGGAUGGAGAAACUAAUUCAACUAGUCAUCCGACUCAGUUAAGUGAAAUUGAUAUCUGGAUGCAAUCUGUUGGUGGAAAGAAAAAAGGAAAAGUCAAAGGUCUUGGCUCCCUAGGUCGAAGUGUAAAGGCAACUAACAGUUCAACAUCAACUUUACCAAAAGAAAUUGAUGAGAUGAUUAAGUUUCAGGUUGAUGCUUCAAAUGCUCAUUUGUAUGCUCAGUUGCAGAAUGAGCGAAAGAAAAAUAAGAGUAUGAGAAAGGAAUUACACAUGUUGAUGAAGCAUGUAUACAACAAAUCAUCUUCAAAUGAUGAACGCCCAUCUCAAGAAGACUACCAAGCUUAUGAGGAUGAAAGUGAUGAUGACUCUGAUGACGUGAAUGAAAGUGAUUUUGACCCUGAUGGUUGGUAGUUUUAUUUAAGAUUCAAGUUUAAAAUAUUUUGUUUUGGACCAUUUACGAAUCAUACAUUAUUGAUGUGGAUGUUUUGGAUUAUGUUUUUUGUUAGCUAUAAUGGUUUACAUUAAAGUUGUUUUG